AUGGCUGCCGCUGACCCCAUCCUGCCCUCUGAGGAGGUGGCUUUGCUGGAGCUGGGGAAGGUGGCCCUGGCUACCCCCCUGGACAAGGUGCCACCAGCCCCAGAUGAACACCCAGGGGACCCUGACGCCACCCUGCCAUGGGACCGGUGCCAGCACAGCGCCCAGGGCCAGCCGGAGCCUGCAGAGGCAAAGAGGCGCUCAACUCCUGAAGGGGGCCACGAAGACCCUGAGGAGGCUGCUCUCACCUGCCCCUCAGCUGAGGCUGAAGAUGAGGAAGCCCCGGGGCUGCCUGUGAUGGCAGCCCACAUCUUUGUGCCCAUCGACCCACAGUGCAUUGAGCAGACACCUGGCAAGCAGAAGCAGCAACUUGCCCCAUGGCCCCGAGAGGAGGGCACGGGGGGCUACGUCCCCCACACCGACAGACCCAACAGCCUCUGCCAGAAGCAGGUCUUCCUUCCCCUCAGCCCCUCACGCUACAGGGACCCACUGGGCUUUGAGGGACGAGUGGCCAAGCCACCAACCAAGGGGCCACGGUGCCCAUGCGCCACGGACUGCAGCACUGGCAACCUCAAGGCCGUGGCCUCGGUGGUGGGGGCCCUGCUCCUCUGCCCCUGCCUCAUCUAUGGGGCCUACGUCUUCCUGCCUUUUGAUGCCCCGCUGCUGCCCACCAUCAGCGCCCGCCUGGUCUACACACUCCGCUGUGCUGCCUUUGCCACGUUCCCCAUCGUUCUGGGGAUGAUCGUCAGCGGCAUCUCCCGCCUCUGCUCCUCUGCACUGGAGCCCUUCGGGGAGCUGCAGCGGGAGGUGGAGAUCCACCGCACCUACGUCUCCCAGUCCAUCCACCUCUUCAUCCUCUACUUCUUCAACAUGGCUGUACUGGCCACCUACCUCCCACAGGAGAUCCUCAAGCUCAUCCCCCUGCUCACGGGGCUUUUUGCCAUCUCCCGGUUGAUUUACUGGCUGUCGUACGCUAUCGGGCGCUCCUUCCGUGCCUUCGGCUUCAGCAUGACCUUCCUGCCCCUCCUGGCUAUGCUACUCUGGAACCUGUACAGCAUGUUUGUCCUGGAGCCCGAAAACCUCCUUGCUGUGGCAGCACCAAAGCCCGAGGACCGCUCCAAAGACAGUGGGGCCAAACUCCGGUACUGGGGGUGA